CCAAACCACUCAGCAAUCGCGCCAUUAAUUGCUAUCGGAUUUUCCUCCUCCCAAUCCCAUCUGCGUUCUUGCUCCCACACACCGCCCAGGCAAUCCGGCGGAAACACCGGAGACGCUCGACGCCGGACCUACUUUCUCACCAAAUCGUCUUCGCGCGGCACAUCCCAACUGGCCUAGCGCCCAUUCGGCCGUAUACCCCACCCGAAGGCGCUCGCCCCCCUCGCCGCCGUCCUGUCAGAUGCGCCGGGCGCCCCUCCCCCAGCGGGAUCCAGCGACACAAUCGGUGGAGGCAUGCGGGCGCGGCUAUACCAGGGGCGGCUCCCGUGCCCCCUUCCGCCACUCCCCCGCCCCCUCGACGGACCCGCUGGACCCUGCAUCGUCGGCCCCCCAAGAGGUGCGCCCCCCACAGCACGGCGGCCUGCGUCGCGGCUGCCUCCACCAGCGCAUCGGGGGACGAACCCCUCUUCUGGGUUGGCACCAAUCUUGCCGCCGCCACUGGCCGCAGCACGCCGAAAUUCGGCAGCAACACGGAGGGGCAGUCACACCUGAAAUUUGCAGCAUGGAGCGGCAGCCAAGCGACCCCAUCAGCGACGGUAGCAGAUCAUCGCUUGGCAUCGAAAUCAUAGAGCACCACAGGCAGCACUGUCCGUGGCAUCCAAGAUGCUGCCUAGUGAUGUCGAACAAUGAGCUGAGCCCACUAGCAAUACUGUAGUAGUAAAUUUUCAUAGCAUAAAAAUUUAUCAUUGUGUUUCCGCGUGUUGCAAGGAUGCAUGCUAGGGUAGUAUUUUUUCAUAAUUCAGAGUAGUAUUCUGUUCAUAUUCAAGUAGUAUUUUCACACUUUUGAGUUGUAUUGUUUCAUAAUUAAUGAUAAAUACUGUAGUAGUAAUUUUUUCCCAAUGACUACGUCAAUUGGGGCAAUAUCUAGAAUAGUAGUAGUACAAGCAAUAAGGGACUAGUAAUUUUCAGAGCAUAAAAAAUUAUCAUUGUGCUUCCAUGUUGCAAGGCAAAUGCAUGCUAGAGUAGUACUUUUUAUAAUUCAGAGUAUUAUUUUGUUCUUAUUCAAGUAGUAUCUUCACACUUUUAAGUAGUAUUGUUUUAUAAAUUAGAGUAGUAUUUUUUUUCUUACUGAAGUAGUAUUUUAUAAAAUUUAGAGAAGUACUUUUAUAAUUUUGAGUAGUAUUUUUCAUAAUAUAGAGGUAGUAUUUUUUUUGCACUUUAUAGUAGUUCAUAACGAGUGAAUCAUGCGACCAUGAGGUCAUGCUACCAAACAACAAUACAGCCACUUCAGCAGUCCAUCUGAAGUCAUACAAUGGUGGAAAUAAUUCUGCACGUCAUUAGUCACGUUUUUUUCUUCUUCUUGUAAGCUAUGCACUACUGAAGCUGAUAUGAUGAAUAAUUGAACUUAUCAAUUUGGGCUUCAAGAUACCAAAUCUGAAGUUGGGCAUUGCCACUGAAGUGGAGGAAUAGAGGAAUGCAAUAACUUAUAAAAAAAUAAUUUUAUUUAAAGAUUUUGUUUUGCCAAUCAACUCAUCAAAUACUUAAUUUCCUAUUGUACAAGCAUCUAGUGAUUUGUGAGAUGCAAUAUAUAUUAUUAGCACAUAUUUACAGUUUAUGUGUGAUUCACUUUGAGUAUAGUACUUGCAAGUCUGUUUCCACGCCCUUUUUUUGAGACCUCGGAACAUGGUCCAUCUAUAAACAUAAGUUUGAGUUUUAAGACCUUUAAUUUGAUUGUUGCUGUUGUGUGAAUCAAACAAUUUGUUAUGCUUCAA